AUGAGAAUCGUUCCACAUUUUAUUAUUCCAAAGAAUUGUUUACCAAAAUAUUAAUAUGCAAAUCCAGCAUUUUUAUAAAAUAAAUUUCCAAAGAAUAAAUAUUCAUUAAUACUUUAUUUGUAAGAAUUGUUUAUUAAAAUAUUGAUAUGCAAUUCAACAUUUUAUUCCAGACAAAUUUCCAAAGAAUUGUUUACUUAAAUAUUAAUAUUAGCCUAAAACUGUAUUUUCUUUUCUGCUGCAUUUCCGACAACGAAAAUGCAGCAAUAAACAGAAUUUUAGUAUAUAAGCCAGUGAAAAAUAAAGAAAGCAAGUUAUAAUUUCAAACCACACCAAACGUCUUUUUUUUAGUCAAAGUUUUUUCCGCAAAUAAAAGUGGCGCAGUCGGUAGGAUACCGCAAAGUCCUAUCCAACGUAUAAAAAUAAUAAAACAGAUUUUAUUGUGCGUGAUAGAACUAGGAUUUUAAUCCUUAGUGCGGUAUUCGAAAUAUCCUUUAUAAGAUUAAAGGAUACACAAAUUUUAUGAAGGAAAAAAGUAAAAAGGAUAUUAAGAAAUAUCCCUGUGACUAAAAAAAUAUUAGUGGAACCAGAAAGGAUAUAAAGAUCUAUCCUUUUGGUGAACAUCCUUGUGUCAGAAGGAAACCUAGUGAAAAAAAAAAAAAAGGAUAUUAAGAAAUAUCCCUGUGACUAAAAAAUAUUAGUGGAACCAGAAAGGAUAUAAAGAUCUAUCCUUUUGGUGAACAUCCUUGUGUCAGAAGGAAACCUAGUGAAAAAAAAAAGGAUAUUAAGAAAUAUCCCUGUGACUAAAAAAUAUUAGUGGAACCAGAAAGGAUAUAAAGAUCUAUCCUUUUGGUGAACAUCCUUGUGUCAGAAGGAAACCUAGUGAAAAAAAAAGGAUAUUCCUUCAGUGGAUUAUAAACUUCAAAAAAACAACAACAACAACAACAAAACAAAAUACCAAAAUAAAUAUGUUAAGGAAAUUCGACAGCAACUAUUGGAGCAAUAUUGUAAAGAAAUAACAUUACCAACAAGUUAAAGAACAGUUCAUGCCGAGAACUGCACCGUGGAAGACCCUACUACUAAGAAGAAAGUAAACCUGCAAUCCUUAGCACCAACAACCAAAUUACAAAAUGAUUAACUGGAUCAUAAUAAUGGUUGCAUUUACUACAGCAACCAAGGCCCAAACCCUCGACAUACAAGACUUAUCGAACAAUAAUGGUUACAUACCGAUAAAAACAGGAGAGACCAAUACCGUAGAACACUACAUAAAAGUACUGCACAUAAUAAACACUACAGAAUUCGAACGAACUAUGGAGAUAAUUAAAACCAACAUUGACACCCUAAAGACAUCCAGUAGCGAAUCAAAAACAUUAAUCAGUACAAUAAACAAGAACUUUAUGCUACUAAAAGCGAAAAUAGAAAAUCUUAACCCACAUUUUAGAAAGAAACGGGCACUCUUAAACAUUAUAGGAAAAGGCUUAAAAAUGAUUGCAGGUACAAUGGACAGCGAUGAUGAAGAACAAAUAACUGAAGCUCUCAAAUCUCUACAUUCGAACGAAGAAAACUUAACUAACAAAAUGAACAAACUAACUUAUAUAAACAAUGUCAUGAACUCCCAAAUCCAGAACAUAACUAACCAUAUAAACUAUCAGCAAAACAUUAUCGGGGACUACUUAGUCAAAUUCAAGAAUAUUAUAGGGAAUAAAAUUUCAACCAUAGAGGACGAGAUAACAUUUAUAGAACACAUAUACCAGAUUAACAACGACAUCUCACUCCUACGGCAUCACGUAGACGACAUAGGACAGAUUAUUUUCUCCGGGAAACUGGGAAUAAUUCCCACAGAUAUUCUCACCCAAACAGAACUCGAUUUAAUCACAAGCUUUGACAGCUAUACCAAUAUAAAAGUAGCCAUAGCACGUAAUGAAGGGAACGUUAUAAUAAUUCUCUCUAUACCACAAUAUUCCCAAGAUUCACUAUCCAAGGUAACAUUCGUACCCAUUCCUGACAAAAAUAAUAAAUCCAUAAUGGUUAAUCAUUCUGAUGUUCUUAUAGAUUUAGAAAGAAAUAUUUAUAGCACGUAUAUUAAAGAUAACCUAAAAAGAAAUCUUAUAAAAAUUAAUGAUAAUUGUUUGAACAAUAUACUAAACUUUGAAGAAGCUAAUUGCAAAACGCAAACAUUAAAUACACAAGAAAUUAGCGAAAUAAUUCCAGGAGUAUUAAUCCUUAAACACUUUAACAGUACGAUAUCACAUAAUUGUAACAAAGAUAAAUUAAAAAUUUCAGGAAAUUACUUAAUCAAAUUCGAAAAUUGUGAAGUAAACACGUUAAACAAAACCUUUACGAAUUUUAAAAUAAAAAUACAAGACAAGUUUAUCCUACCUAACCUUAUAACAAAAAUUAAAGAUACCAGUAACACAACACUUGCAGACAUAAAACUUGAAAAUUUAUAUCUAAAACAAAUAGAAUACGAGGAAACACUGAAACAAGUACUAUAUACAGAUAAAAACUCAAAAAUAAUUGGCUAUAGUAUAGAUAUUUUAAUCGGUACAUCAAUAUGUAUCUUAAUUAUAUUUAUAUAUCUCUUUAAGAAUAAACAAACCUAUGUUCCAAAUGUACAAUUAAAAAACCAAACUAUUAUAAACAAUCCGGCAAAGAUAAUAUAAUUUCGUCGGAGCCUCAAACUAAGGGUGGGGUGUUAUAGUAUCAACU